AUGGAGUAUGAGGAGGAGGGACACCAACAAUCUCAGACGGGACACGUGCUCAGUGCAAGAUAUGAGGUCGUUGCUCUUUUGGGAGAAGGCACCUUUGGACAGGUGGUGGAAUGCAUCGACCACCAAGAGGACGGCAGGCACGUGGCAGUCAAAGUAGUGAAAGACGUCGACACGGACGGGGCAGAUUACGCAGAAGUGGCAGUGCUGCACUAUUUAAACGCACUGGACCCCAGCAGCACACAUCACUGCGUCAGAAUGUUGGACUGGUUCGAACACCGUGGCCACCUCUGUAUUGUUUUUGAGCUGCUGGGGCCCAGCACCUACAGCUUCCUUGCAGAGAAUGGCUUUCUGCCCUUCCAGGUGGACCACAUCAGACGCAUGGCCAGCCAGAUCUGCCAGGCUGUCAACUUUUUGCACGUCAACGGGUUGACACACACGGAUUUAAAACCACAGAAUAUUUUGCUUGUCAACCCCGAGUACACAGAGGAGUACAACUCCAGCCUGAAACAAGUGGAGCGCAGACUGAAACACCCGGCCAUCAAAGUGGCAGACUUUGGGAGCACAACAGGUGACCAGGAGCCUCACUGCCCUCUGAUCACUACAAGACCCUACCGAGCUCCUGAAGUCAUCCUAGCCCUGGGAUGGUCACAGCCGUGCGACGUCUGGAGCAUAGGGUGUAUCCUCCUCGAGUACUACCUCGGAUUCCCAGUAUUUGCGAUUUCUCUCCGGGCCCACGAAGAUAUAGAACACCUGGCAAGGAUGGAGAGAAUCCUGGGGCCUUUGCCAAGUGACAUGGUCAAGAAAUCCAGGAGAGGCGAGUAUUUCUCUAAUGGCCGGCUGGCGUGGGACGAACACACCUUCAUUGGCAGCUAUGUCUCAUGGCAGUGUAAGCCACUGAAGGCGUUCAUGACCCGCAGCACUGAGGAGCACCGGCACCUCUUCGACCUCAUAGAGAAGAUGCUGCGGUACAACCCAGCCGAGCGAAUUACUUUAGAAGAAGCCCUCAAACAUCCUUUUUUCUUCCCGCUCAAAUGGGAAAAAAGGGCACCGCCUCCAAGACCCGAAGGGGCUGACCUGGGUGACAUGGAUCAGCUGGAGAAGGCUCCAGAGCAGGGCCACAGAGAUGAUCAGAAGCCGAAGGAACCAACUAGAAAAAGUGCUAUGAUGGACCUUGUUCUCACCAAUAAUGAUGAGGUUGUGGACAACAUGAAGCCUAAGUGCAGCCUUGUCUUCAACAACGAUGAAAUUGUGGAGUAUGGGAUCCUUAGGACAACAACAAGGAUGAGUGGCAAGCUCACUACCCUGAAGAGCAGCUUUUGA